AUGGCGGAGAUGCGCGCGCAGCUAGCCGUGACGGAGGUGGUGCCAUCGGCCGGCGACAUUUUUCACUACACCUUCAGCUACCUGACGGUCGGCUGCCACUACGUGUCGUACCUGACGUACCGCGACGCCGUUCGCGGCACGUUCUGGCAGCACGUCGCCUGCGUGCGUGCGGCUCUGUGGCGAGCUCGUCUGAUGCCGCUGCUCGCCACCGCCUGGCUGGUGUUGCGCACGCUCUGGCCUUACAAGACGCUCCACCUGACCGGCCCGUUCUGGCCACAGCUGUUGCGCAUGCACAUCGAGGCGGGCCAGUUCUUCCUGAUCGUGUCGGUCGCCCUGCUCGGCCAGGAGGCGCCGUGCGACUUCGAGGCGGUGCGCACCGUGCGCGUGCGUACCUUUUGGCGAGCGGUGACGCUGUCGGCGACGGCGCGCUGCUGGAACAUGCAGGUGCAGCACUGGCUGCACUGGGCCGUGUACCGGCGGGCCGGCGGGCCGCGCUGGGGCCGCGUCGCGCUCACAAUGCUCGUGUCGGCGCUCUGGCACGGACUCUGGCCAGGCUUCCUGCACCAGGCCAUCAUCCCGCCGCUCGCGCUGGCUUCGACCGUGUACAGCGCGGUCGCCUGGCUCUUGGGCGUCUCGCUGAUCCACUACACGAUGGUGGCUGCGCUGCUGCAGCGGGGCGGCAAGGUCAUGGCCUUCUGGGGCUCGCUCCACUUCGCCGGGCACGUCGCGCUGGGCGUCCUGCUCUGCGGCGGGCUGCUGCUGCCGCCCGACGUGAACCGAGCGCAGCCAGACGCCCCCAGCCGACGUGAACCGAGCGCGGCCGGACGCCCCCAGCCGACGUGA